CUUUUUGCUCCAUCUGAAACACAAAAACUUAAUGAAAUAAAUGUGAGUUGUGUUUUUAACAAUGGAGACUUAUUUCAAGUCUGAAGACGAGUAUAAAACUGAACCUGAACCCGAGAAAACAAUAUGCAGGUGCUGUCUCAUGACCGACAAGCGAAUGUUCAGUAUAUCGAUGUUCGCUACACAUUUUCGCGAUUUAGCAGGAUUGAAUGUGUCUGACUCGGACGGGCUCCCGCCUUGGCUGUGCCACGAAUGUGCUGCGCUGCUGCAGAAGGCGGUCCGCUUCAAGCAGAAGCUGCUCAAAGCCAAUUCUAUGCUCUGCGACUAUCUCUUGAGAUGUGCUCCUUUUCCCAUCGACGCCCAAGACCCGGAACUGAGCAAGUACUCAACACCGAACCUGAAGGAAACCAAUACUCUUGCCUUUGACCACAGCGGGAAGAAGCUCGGUUACCACAAAACGUUGGAGCAUGAGAAGAGGCCGAUAGCAUCAGCUCUCCACACCAUAGACCUGCCUCCGUUAGAACCGAUACCUGCAGCGGGACCUCCCCCCGUAGAGCUCCUCAAGGAGGAGUUUGACUCCUUUGAUGAUUAUGAAGACAACAUUACAUUAGAGGAGUACAGAAAUACGGCGGUAAAGUCUGACAACGAGAUUGCUGAAGAGCUUCUAGUCAAGGAAGAAGAGGAAACCAAGAAAAAAAGGAAGACCAAGAAAAAGGAACAGCCCAAGGCGAAGCGGAAGAAAAGCAAAGAACCAGUGGAGGGUGAAGAGCCAAAAACCAGCAUCAGGAAGACGGUGGAACUCGACCCCACCAAAAUUCGCAUCGUCAUGCUGAACCCUGAAGAACAGUUCAAACAGUAUGAGGAAGAGAGCAAAGCCAAGUUCCCGUACCAGUGCCACCUGUGCUACAAGGGAUUCAACUUCGACACCAAACUGGAAAACCAUAUGAGGAAACACAGCCCGUCCCGGGGCCCGUUCUCGUGUGCGCUAUGCACCAUGUACUUCCCGUCGGCGUACAGCCGCAGCGUGCAUGCACAUAUCCACACGCGCCGCUACGAGUGCGUAGCCUGCGGACGCCGCAUGAUCGACCGCGCCUCCAUACUCGACCAUUACAGAACACAACACGAAGGAAUGGUGUCACACUUUACGUGCCAUCUCUGCGGUAAAGUUUCCAAUAAUAGUAAAACGCACCGCGGCCACAUGAGGAACCACCACGGCGGACAGCGGCCGGAGUGUGAGCAGUGCGGCAAGACUUUCGUCAACAAGGACUCGCUCGAGGAACACAGGCAGAUACACCAGGGCAUUAAGAACUACUCGUGCUCGGAGUGCGGCAAGCGGUUCCGCACGCGGACGCAGAUCAAACAUCACCAGCUCAAACAUACCGACGUCAAGGAGUACUACUGCGUGGAGUGUGACGUCAGAUUUAAGUCGGCACACAGCUUACGUCAGCAUCUAAUGAAGAGUUUGAAACACAAAGACAAACAGAGUUUGAAAUUCGCGUGCACGCGCUGCGACAAGCGGUUCGAGUGCGCACGCGCGCUCGCCGCGCACCACGCCGUGCAGCACGACGGCCUGCGCGCGCACGCCUGCGGACUCUGUCCCGCCGCGCUCGCCACCAGCGCCUCGCUCGCCAAGCACCGCAGACACGUGCACCAGGGCGCCAGGCCGGCCAAGAGGCACGUCUGCGACGCCUGCGGGAAGGCCUUCAGAGGCAAAUCAGUGCUAAUCAACCACGUCCGCACACACACCGGGGAGAAACCAUUCUCUUGCCCCACGUGCGGCCGCAAGUUCUCGCAGAGCACCGCCAUGAGGACCCACGUGGACUUGGUGCAUCUCAAGCGACGCCGCGGAAAGGCGAAACAGGAGCCCCCGGCGGGUGAGGAGCCGCCAAAGAUAGAUCUGUUCACCAAAGAGGAGCCCCAGAUAGUGUUCGACGCGUGGAGACAGAACAUGCCCAAUUGUGAGGUCUACUUCACCGUCACCGCCGGACCUUAGACGUUAAACAAAAUUAACAUCCCAAGCCCUGCCCAUGGAUCUAGUUUUAACCUUUCCGACGCCGUGUCAAACACAAAAGCUGUUACUCGGACGCCACGUCACCGAAGUGUCAAAACUGAAAUUGAACUUUAUGCACAUGCACGUAGGUCUUUAUCCGUCUUUGGCGUUGGAUUGGUUGGAUAUGGAUAUGGAUUGGGCAUAAGUGGUGGGGGAACUGACAGAACGGAAUACAGUACCGGUCAAAAGUUGUUCACCUUUUUGGUACAAAUGUGUACUUUUGUGCGAUAAUUUUAUUUUUCAGUUCGGAUGUCGAAAUUUGUUUCCAACUGAUCCGUUAUUGUUUUCAGUGAUGUGUUUGAUUAGUCAGACACAAUUUACGUACAUUUCUCAACAAAUCAUUCCCUAAAAUCUUAUAGGUACUACCACAGUCAAAGGGUCUACCACGAAACCUCACUAUCACUCUCGCGUAUUCGAUCGAUAAAUUGAAAAUCUAUAUUUCAGGCCUGUCGGCCCAUAUUUUGUUAGUUUGCAGUGCUUAAAAAUAUAUUAGUUGAAAUACAUAGGUACAUUGUACAACAUGGGGCGUAAGUUAAAUAUUGCAAACGAGAGUAUAGUUAAAUCGCGACGCGCAUUCGGGGGCCGUCAAGGGUAAAGAAUAAUAGGGUUGUUGACACAUGUUGAAUUUUGUAACUAAAUCUAGUUAAAUAGAUAGAAAAGGAGCAUUUUAUCACAAUAAAUUGAAAACUUAAUGGUAAUAAUAAAGAAAUACAAGACCUCACAGUUUCAAAAUUUAAGUUUUUUUUUAAACAUCCAAAAAGAAAAAAAAUAUGGUACCAUUCGGUUCCU